AUGCAGCAGGAUCGCCAUGGUUGGUACGCAGAGAGCUGGUUCUAUGUUGCUGCAGUGCUCCAGCUGAUCUGCCUCGGCAAGCUGCUGCGUGCGACAUUGCGGAGUCGGAGAGAGAUUUGGAACAUUGCUCGAAGAUGUGGUGGCUGCAUUUGGCUGAAGGCAGACCUAGGAGACAUGAAGCCUGAGGUGCAAAGGUUAAUUGAGAGUAGGGCCGCACAGAGGCGCGUGGCGGCAACCAGAAGUUUGAAUACCUUCCUCGUGUUCAGCUACCUUAUAGUGUGUCUGAUUUUUCAGUGCACCGCAGUGGCGCAGAAUGCAUUGUUCGUGUCGCUGGAGCUAGCUUGGCUGAGCACUGUCAGUUUGGCAUUUUUUGGCUUUGGAUACAUUUCUCCACGAUUGUUUGUCUCGGGUAUUCUGAACUGGUGGUACGUGGCCGGCAUGGCCCUACACUGCGUUGGAGUGGCACCCAGUUUCGGGACAGUGUACCAAAACUACUUUUUCGGUGCUAUGUCGACUAUGAUAUUCCGUCUGCCGGCGGUUCUGGUGUGCACAAAGCCUUGGCUGGUGCUCGCAUGCAACAUUGUCCCUCUUGUCAUGGUCGUCCCGCGGACUCUGGUAUAUCACAAUGUCGACAACUUCAGGGCAGACGGCUGCCCCCGUCGGGUGGGCAGGUUUAACAUGAUUAUGUCGGAGGUGAUUUUCUUUUGCCUUGUCAGUUUGGCCGCAAUCGUGUUGGAAAGACAUCUCAAAGGACAAGAGAAGCAGCGCUUGCUCACGAGCCAAGCCGCAACGGAGCUUCAAGCAGCCUCAUCACUUCUCCAGCUGACCUGUGAUGCGGUAGUGGAGCUGGAUGACAAGCUUCGGUUUGCAGCUGCAGCGCCAGAUCUGGAAGCAAUGCUCCUGAAGAAUGCCCAGGCAUCUUCGCUUUGCGGGAAGCGGUUCACCGACUUGAUGCCGACUCGUGAAGAGGCUAAGCGGACCGAGAAACUCCUACAGGGAACUGGCGGCUCGGACAUCUCAGCCACCGCCUUCCACACGCGCCUGAUCGACAGCUGCUUCAGCAAGUUCCGGACGGAAGUCUUCCACGUCAAAUACCUCCGUCCCAACCAGCAGGUGCGCCACCUGCUCGGACUGAGAGACUUCACGGAUCAGGGCUCACUGGCGGGCCGGAAAGCUAUGGACAGCUCAGCGGAUGCCAGUCAAGGACUGCUGGAAACAGGCAUGCACGACCCGGGCACGCUCAAUGUAGAUCCACGGCAGACUCGCCCCCUCGAUUCCAGUGUGGAUUCCAGUGCCGGCGGUGUGGAUGACUUCGAGCAAAAGGGUCCACAGAGUACCUUCCUGUACAUUGACAUGGACCGAUUGCAAGCGACGUCAGCCUCCGUCAGUGCUUGCACCCUAGCGGGGAAGCCGUUAAAGGAGAUCUUUGGGCCAGUGGAGCUUGACUUCCUUCAGAAGGCUUGGAUCCAGGUGCGUGCUGACCGGAGAUUUGCAGUGAGCAACAAGGGGCUGAACUUUCAGAACCUCGAAGUUUUGAUGGACGGAUGCGACAACUCCGUCCCGGUGCUUGCCACGGGCAAGAUCGAAGUUGUGCAGCAUGCAGAGGGGAGGUUGGACUUCCUGCUACAUUUUAUUUCUCCGUCACUUGCCUCGGCACCCUCUUCGCUAGCGACUUCAUCACAAGGUUUGCAAUCAGCCAGAGCUUCGUCCAUCAAAAUGCUUGUUGCGCUGUGA